UCUUAAUUACAAUAAAGUUAUAAAUACAUAUAUAAAUGAAGAUUGCAUUAGGAAAAAUGAAUUUUAAGAAUAAAGAAUAAUUAGCAAUAACCGAAUGCAAUAGACUGUUAAAUUCAUAUGAUUUUAGGAAUUUUUACUAUAGAUACAAAGAACUAGAUUUAAAAACAAUAAAUAUGAACUAAAAGUAAGAUAAAAAUGAGAAAUCUAACUUUAAAGAACUAUAAUUUGGAGAUAAGAGAAAAAACUAUUCCAAGCUGAUAAAAAGGAAUUUUGAAGUUAUUAAUAAAAGUAAAAGAGAAGGAGGUAUAUUUAAUUGUAUUUUAUAAUGAUAA